GGGCCCGCAGUAACUGGUAGGUGGGGUCGCCAACACAGACAGGAAAUGUGACGAAGUGGGGUCAUCUCCAACGAACAGGGACGAGAGAUGCUUUUCCAUCGCGAAAAAACUAGAGAAUUCUAGCUUCGUCUUCCCUGAAAGAGGCUCGUCAAAGCACACCUGCACCGCAAUCUUUCUCCUUAGUCGCGGUGUUCACGAACUAAGUACAUAUCCGUGAUGCUCCCCUUUCUCUUCAGCUCUUCAUCAUGUUGAAGGGGGUGCUGGUAUCUGAUACCAGCCUGCACCGCCCAUGUUACAGUCGCCCAUUCGCGGGAGUUGCCUCCAAUUUAGCACUAAGUCUUCAUCGAAUUCGUGCCAUUCGGCAUGAGAGUUUCACCAGUUCAGUGAGGUGGGGGUUGUUCUCAUGUUCCAUCUAGUUGCAUCAGCCAUUUUCUGAUGCGAGUAAUUUCAGAGAGUAAGCCAAAACCUUAGCUUAUGUCCUUAGAACUAGGUGUAAAGUAUUGAAGUCACUGACCUCCCCUUUGUACAUUUUGUUCGUGAGAAACUCGGAAAAUCAAAGUAAUUAAGUUAAGCUACCAGCUCUAGCGAAGCUUAGGGUCAAUGUCACUCCCCUGUAACAAUUUUCCAGCUGAAGCGACAAGCUUUCUACCUCCCUUGAUGGGUAGAAGUCAAGCACAAGACUGAAUUGAGAGGAGCUCAACAAUCCUUCAACCCUGAAUUGCGGGUAGAAUGGGGGUAUCGUUCUAGUUAGUGUCGACAAAGAAAUCUGUAUCAGAGUCUGAAAAUGCCAAGUUCCCUCGCUUCUUUCGGUCUAGUUUGUUCUUCCGAGAAACUUUUUAGUGAUUCAAGUUACUGAAUCGGUUCAUUCUUCAUAGAGUUGUACAUAGUGUCUUUAAUUGCACAUUCCGUGCUUCGAUUCCAUAUUCAUGUUUUCAUAACGACGACAAUUGGGUUCCUCGAAAAUUAAUAUCUCAAAGCACUGAGAUUCUGAUCACCAAAGCCUCGUCUGAUCAGAAUACGAAACACCUGUACCAGCUCCAAGCAAAAACGUAUUCGUAUCUCAAGUAAUUGCAAACGUCGGCAACCUCGGACUGUCACCCAUCUGGAAGGGAGUUUUAGCUGCUGUUGUCGCUCUCGUAUUUCGACCCGUGACCUUGAUUUGAGCCAAGUUUUUUGGAGUGAAACUUGCAAGGCUCCAAAAAAAUCGAGCGAGUGUAGAGAGUGAACGAUUAACUUGUAGCAUUGGAACUCUUGGUGAUAAUCUCUCAGAACCCCAUCAAAGUAGACCUCCGCGGUCUUCUAUUUGAGCCUUGAAUCCAUCUACCAGAUGAUCAACCGAGAAGCAUUCUCAAUAAUUCAAUCGCUCCUCGGUUUCAUGCUCAGCAGCUUGCUGUUACAUCGCCGGUUGGGGUCCAUGGCAAGAAAUGUCGCCUCCAUCGAUAACUGGCAUGGCGCCAUCGAGGUCGUCAUCGCCGCACCAGUGGGAAAGGUUUGGGCCAUCGCCUCCAACUGGCUUAAUUUUCCCAGAAGCGCUUCAGUGGAAUGCACCGGGGGCAAAAGCGGCGAGCCUGGCUGCGUGCGCAGGGUGCAAGCGAAAAACUCCAACUUCUGGGUUGAAGAAAUACUCACCGGGAUCGACCACGACAACCGUAUCCUCUGUUACGACAUCAUAGGCGGUAACAGCGGCAUUGCUAGUGGUUAUAAAGCAGCCAUUCAAGCCACCGCAGAAAGAGACAGCAGUACGAGAGUAGUGUGGCCUUUCAAGUUCAGCUCCGAUCAGCUGCGCGCUGAAUCCAUGACUCCGAUAAUCAAGACGAAGGUCACGGCUCACAUCAAAGAGCUGGAGGAGCUCGCCCAGAACUUGUGAUGCCAAACCAUUACAAAUCAUUUCCUUACUGGUGAUCAUCACGUGUCGCAACAGCAGCUCCUUCUGAUAAUUCAUUAGAAUGAACCUCUGAUAUUCCUCUUUUUUUUUUCUUUUUUUCUUUUUUUUUUUCGCUGUUUUAUUUUUCUUGGUUCUACAGAAGCCGAGUUCACAUGGUGGUUUCGUUCUUAGUCCCAGUCCGUCCUUGGUAAUAAUCUUGUUUUAGUCAAAGUUUUUGCCCGCUUUAAUAGUACUAGUCUUCACAAUGAGAAUGAUUAUAGUGCAGACUGUGUAAGAACUCAGUACAUGCCUUUUUUUCUCUGCUGACUGAAAGCUGAUUGAGAGUACAUUUACGACAUAGACAAUAGUUUCCUUACAACGUAGCACUGGGAUAGACAUCAGCUACAACGCAUGAACCUAGAUAAAAGGGAGGAAAAAAGAUAAAGUAAAAGAAGCAGAUAGAAGUGAACCUAUUUACUUGCUCAUGGUCAGGUCGUCAUGUGCAGGUGUGUUUUUUGCUUACUCUAGUUCAUUGAGUAAGUUGACCGGGUUACGCAUUCAUUCCUCAAGGUAUUUAAACUCAUGUAAGUUCACACGGUAUGUUUCUUAUUACAUGAAGGAAGCUAAUGACUCAACUUCCUCAACAAGUUAGCAAAGGGUAUUCACUAAGUUGCUCGUUUGUACAGACUAUUCUUAUACAAUAAAUCUGCCUAGCUGCACUCUCUUCAACCUGCGCCAGUUUCCACUUGUGAAUUGUUGUCCAAGUGGUUACACACUUUUGAAAACUUUUCAUGAUCUGUAUUUGAUUGUCCUCAUUAUGUCACGUUGACAAAUGCUUUUUAAGAGCUACAUUGAGGUGACAUGAUUGGGAUCACGCU